CGCGCGCCCCAGAGACUUGAACCGCCGUUGCGGAGGUUUUGGGCGACUGCGACGCCGACGGCCUGGCUUCUCGGAGCGCGGCCGCCAUGGAGCCGGAGCCCGAGCCCGUCACGCUCCUGGUGAAGAGCCCCAACCAGCGCCACCGCGACUUGGAGCUGAGCGGCGACCGCAGCUGGAGCGUGAGCCGCCUCAAGGCCCACCUGAGCCGCGUCUACCCCGAGCGCCCGCGCCCAGAGGACCAGAGGUUAAUUUAUUCUGGGAAGCUGUUGUUGGAUCACCAGUGUCUCAGAGACUUGCUUCCAAAGCAGGAAAAACGGCAUGUUUUGCAUUUGGUGUGCAAUGUGAAGAGUCCUUCCAAAAUGGCAGAAGCCAGCACAAAGGUUGCUGAGUCCACAGAGCAGCCCACUGGACUUAAUCAGGGACAGUCUGCUGGGGACUCCUCAAGUGAUGGUGUGAGGCAAAGGGAGAUUCUUCGGAACCUUCCUCCCUCUGGAGGGGAGAACGUCUCCAGGCCUGAAGCUACCCAGCUGGCGUUCCAAGGCCUGGGGCCUGGUUUCUCGGGCUACACAACCUACGGUUGGCUGCAGCUCUCCUGGUUCCAGCAGAUCUACGCGCGGCAGUACUACAUGCAGUAUUUAGCUGCCACUGCUGCAUCAGGGGCGUUUGUGCCCUCACCAAGUGCCCAGGAGAUACCUGUGGUCUCUGCACCUGCACCGGCCCCCAUUCACAACCAGUUUCCUGCCGAAAACCAGCCAGCCAAUCAGAAUGCUGCUCCUCAAGUGGUGGUGAAUCCUGGGGCGAAUCAGAAUUUGCGGAUGAAUGCACAAGGCGGCCCGAUUGUGGAGGAAGAUGACGAGAUAAAUCGAGAUUGGCUGGAUUGGACCUAUUCGGCAGCCACGUUUUCCGUUUUUCUCAGCAUCCUCUACUUCUACUCGUCCCUGAGCAGAUUCCUCAUGGUCAUGGGAGCCACCGUGGUCAUGUACCUGCAUCAUGUCGGGUGGUUUCCAUUCAGACAGAGGCCGGCUCAGAACUUCCCAAAUGAUGGUCCGCUUCAUGAAGCUGUGAAUCAGGACCCCAACAAUAACUUACAGGAAGGUCCUGAUCCUGAAAUCGAGGACCCCAACCAUCUCCCUCCAGACAGGGAUGUGCCGGGGGAGGAGCAGACCAGCCCUUCAUUUAUGAGCACAGCCUGGCUCGUCUUCAAGACUUUCUUUGCCUCUCUUCUUCCAGAGGGCCCCCCAGCCAUUGCAAACUGACGGUGUUUGCUCACUGGCUGUUAGAGACUUUGAUGGGCAUGGACUGGAUCACCUGACUCCAGCUAGCUGUCCUCACCCGGACGCGGCAAUGGCACAGAAUUAGGAAAAGAGCCAAUAAGAAUGAUGUGCUUUUGUGGCCAAACAAAAGCAGAAAGUACGACAUGAAGCCAUGAUACAUAUUGAUGAACAAAAAAACGCUCAAGGCUUCUUAUGUCUUUAUUCUGAAGAGCUUUAAUAUAUACUGUUUGUAGUUUAAUAGACCUUGUAAGUAGAAGGCACUAGUGUCGCAUGUUUAUGCCUGAGGAGCUGUUCCAGAUGUGUGUGUCUGCAUGUGUGUGUGUACAUAGAUGUCAUAGAUGCAGAAAUGGUUCUGCUGGUACGAUUUGAUUCCUGUUGGAAUGUUUAAAUUACACUAAGUGUACUACUUUAUAUAAUCAAUGAAAUUGCUAGACAUGUUUUAGCAGGACUUUUCUAGGAAAGACUUAAUGUAUAAAUGCUUUUUAAAAUGCAGUGCUUUACUUUAAACCAAGGGGAACUUUGCAGAGGUGAAAACUUUGCUGGGUUUUCUGUUCAAUAAAGUUUUACUAUGAAUGACCC